CAUAUGUUGAAGUUUCUGUUUAUUAGUGCGCUAAUCGCGCACUGGUUAGAUCCCAGUUGUGCGCAGAAUGAUGCGGACGAACUACUUUACCAGAAACAGCACGGUCUUAAAAUUGCACCGGAGAAAACACACACCAAGGCCUUCAAGAGUGGCGAUCAUGUGGGAAUGUAUGUUGAUAUAGAAGGCGAACAAAUACUCUUCCGUCUGGAUGAACAACCAAUAGCCCCGCUUGAUGGGGAAAAAUUACAAUAUACCUAUGGCUGUUUUUCCGAAGUGCACCCCGAUAUUGAUUGUAGUGCAAUGCUUACACGCGGAGGUGAUGUGUGGAGCAUGCUUGUAUUCUGGGGUAUUGAUACAUGGAUUUUCGAAGGAGUUGGAGAGGGGAUGUCAAUGGUAUAUAAAUCUUCGGAUAUAGAGGUAUCUGAUUUUCAGGAUCUAGUGCUAGUUCCAGAAGACAUUGUAGGUCGAGCGACACCAAAACGUCGACAGACAAACGGAGACAGAAUCGCGUGGGAUCAUGCACUCAAUGAGGAUGGAGAGCUCACUAACGGACCCAACUUUGGGUAUUCCUCACAAACUCUUCCAGCAAGGAACCGACGCAACAUAUUUCGAACGUUGCAACUCAAAAUAACAUAUGACAAUGCGUACCUGAUUGCUUUGGCUGAGGAACUGAGUCUGACAACAUCAGAGGCCACCAUCGCGCAAGCUAACACAUACACGAUGAUGCUUUUGAAUCACGUGAAUACUAUCUACGUUCCUCAAGUAAAUAUCAGAUUUGAAGUGUAUGAGGAGUCUCGGGUGCCAAGCAGCGGAUUGAUGGAUGGGAACUAUGGAAUUGAUGGUAUGACUUCAAACGAUAUACUCGUCAAUUUUAACACCGAUGUGCAGGGUAAUACAGACGAUAUCAAUAUACUACUGUCAGGAUUGAGGUUGGCAGACAAUUCGAUAGGGGCUUCGGUUCAACAAGGUGUAUGUAGAAAUGGUGCAAAUGUUGGCAUGCUAACACCGUUACAGCCGGCAGUCGGUGCCACAAUAUUUUCCAAGGUAUCUUUACUGGCCCAUGAGCUGGGGCAUAUGUUUAACUGCCAACAUAAUACAAACCUAAAUGAACUCAUGUAUGCAUCAAAUAAUGGUGCUACUAUUUUCGGCGAGGCAUGUCGCGCUGCAAUCUCACAGCAUACUCAAGAUAUCGAUAUUAAUGUAGAUGGUUAUUAUCUGACAACUGCCAACUGUUAUCCGGAACAGACCUUGAUCAGCCAAUACAUGGAAUCAUAUGCAUCUACACAAAAUAUGUGUUCCGUAGCAAUAGGAGAGACUGGAGUGUGCGGAUUCGGCCAGUGUACCAGCUCUGGCGAUUCUUACACGUGCACUUGUGGUAACACUGGUUUUACGGGUAACAACUGUGAGCUACCUAUUGAGUAUUGUCCCGAAUCUGGGGAAGGGUUGUGUCGAAAUGGAGCUUCUUGUGUCGAUUCGUCGACGGGGACCUCCUGUGCCUGUCCGACUGGAUUUCUGGGGAGGUACUGCCAAUAUGAAUCAUGUGCGGCAAGUCCUUGUAGCAGCGCACCCAACACGGCGAGCUGUACAAAUGUCGUCAAUAAUCAAAUGACCACGGGAUUUACCUGUGUCUGUAAUGCGGGCUACUCAGGAGACCGUUGUGAGUUUGGAGACAAGUGUGCAAGUCUUCCCUGUGGCGAAAAUGGCGAUUGCAUACUAUCUGGUUCCGAUUACACAUGCAGAUGCGAUACCGGUUACCAGCUAUCACCGGACGGUUCAACAUGUACAAAGAUUGACUACUGCGAAACGGUCCCAUGUGGCACCGGGGGCACAUGUACAAAUGGUUUGAAUUCUCAUACUUGCACAUGCUCGGCUGGCUACACACUCUCCCAGGGGACUUGUGUAAACAUCAAUGAAUGUUUAAAUAAUCCGUGUGGUCCAGGAAAGUGCACCGAUCUACAAGGUAGCUACAAGUGUGAGUGUUCUGGAACUGGCUAUACCGGUGCAACGUGCGGAACCAACGUCAACGAGUGUGCGGAAUCGCCCUGUGGAGAUGGAAUUUGCACCGAUAGUCCCGGUUCGUACCAGUGUGUAUGUACUGAUGGAACUGUUGGGCUUUCAUGCAAUGCGAAUAACGCCUGUUCUUCUUCACCGUGUAGUGAUGGCGGCAAAUGCGAACCCACAGGAAGUAGCUAUACAUGUCUCUGCACAGGGGGAUGGGCAGGCAACCAAUGUCAAACAUAUAUCGGAUCAUGUGCAACUGGCGAUUACUGCAAGAACAACUUUCAAUGCAAUGAAGAUGGUCUCACGUGUAAUUGUCCAGGCUAUAGGGCCGAUUUAAGAUGCGCGGUGCAGAUAAAUGAAUGCAUUACUGAUAAUACGUGUGUUAAAGAAAACACAAAGACCUGUACGGACCAGUUGCUGGGAAUAAUAUGUACAUGUAAGCCCGGCUGGGGCGGAGCCAAUUGUGAAGAAUACACAUGCGACUGCGGGGAAGGAACAUGCGACGAGGAUCAUUUCGGAGUGGGUAUAUGCAGAUGUCCUGCAGGAUACGGCGGAGAGAAAUGCGAAAUCCCUCCCCUUCUGGAUGCGAACCAGCAGAAUGUGUGUGCGGUGAGUGGGGAGCAGUGCGCGGGCCAAGGAAAUUGUAUCAACGUCGUUAAGGAAGGGGGGGGGACAAAGACCCAGUGCGUAUGCUUCGGAGGGCGUACAGGCACCUGGUGCGACUAUGUGUCCUACAACACGUGUGAGAAUAAUCCUUGCAAUUUCGGGGGUACAUGCAAUCACUCCAACUUCGGAACUUUCACGUGUCUCUGCGUGCCAGGUCGAUAUGGUGAUCUCUGCGAAUACGAUAUAAACGAGUGUGACUCUAAUCCUUGUGUGGUUGGGACGUGUAGUAAUAGGCACAAUGGUUUCGAAUGCAAUUGCCCGACAGGCUGGACAGGCACCACCUGUGGGACGAGAGUAAGUUGACAGGAUAGUAGUCGCUAAUAGUAACAUUUGUAACACAUUCAUAGUUAGUAACAUUGUAAAAGAUAGAAUAAUAACUGCUCAACAUCGAGCCACCACUCGAAAUAAAUCUCUUCCUAC